AAGAACGGUGCUACGUCAUAUUGUUCUGUCACAGUUAGGGUUUUCCCAUAUUUUUGGCAUUGUAAGAGCAGUAAAAAGAUAGCUGACUAAAGUUCGUGUAUUUUAUUUACUUUAUGAUGAUAAAGUGAUUUUGGAAUUUAAAUUUAUCUGCAACAUGUCUGUUUGCGUUGAAGAAAUUUGAAAUAAAUAUAACAGACCACGUUUACGUUACUUUUUCUUAUCAAAAAUUCAUAAUGAUGAGUAAGAUAUCAUUCAUAAUAUUUUUGGAAAUUCUUUGCGCUACUACGUCAUUAAAAGAUAAAAGAGACUGUGAUGGCGUCGAAAUUGUUUGGAGAGAAGAUUGGAAAGCUCGUCCCAUAGUCCACAAUAAAACUUUGGUUUUACCAAUCAAUAAAGUUAUAAUAGCUCAUACUGUAACCACAUUCUGUCGAACGAAACCACAAUGCGUUCGAAAUGUCCAAAUGAUUCAGGAUUUCUGCAUGGAUUACAAUGGAAUGUUCGACAUUUCAUAUAACUUUCUGAUUGGUGGAGAUGGAAGAGUUUACGAAGGUGGAGGUUGGAGACAAGUUGGGUCUCAUACUAUCAAAUAUAAUUACAUUUCUAUUGGUAUUGGUUUUAUAGGCAAUUACAAUAUUGAGAAACCCACUCAAAAAGUCAUUAAUGCUGCUUUAAGCCUUAUUAACUGCGGAGUGAAACAAGGUUUUUUGACACCAACUCGUGAAAUACAUGGUCACCGAGAUGUUAUUUGUACCGAAUCACCUGGAAAUAAUUUAUACUCCGUCAUUCGUUAUUGGAAGAAUUACAAAGGAGGACGAAUUUCAAAUUACUCUUGUCUGUGAUGAAACAUCUAGUAAACUUCAUUAACUCUGUUUUACGAAGCUCUGUCUCCAAGGAAAGUAAAAAAGCUAUAGUUUAAGUGCCAUACACUUAAAAUAUGCGAUGAUUUUAAACUAUAUACAUAAUCUCGCCGUGAAGAAUUAUCUGGGCUUUAGAACAGACAAAUAACUUAAAUAUUAUAAAAGUUAUUAAACUUCUUUAAAAACUGCCAGUUUGGCGGCAUUUUUCCCCUAGAUGAAAAUUACCAAAAUCACUGCCUCAUUCUCAGUUUUCGCACAUUUUUUUAAAGUCCAAGUAAUGUAGCAUUGGAGUAAGUUCUCAAAUAUUAAAAAAUUAGACCACAACUACUACGCUUUUUGUAACGCUUUUUGUUCAACUUUUUAAAAGCCUCGCCACGAAAGAGCUAGAGAAAAAUUGGCGUUGCAUAUGAACUUUUAAAUAAUUUGUAUGUUAAGUUGUGGAAAAUAAAUCAAAAGAAUUAAAAAUGAUCCAUUAAAACAUAAAUUUAGCUACUACAUGAAUAAGUUUUCAUAGAAAACGUAGAAAGUUGGCAGUCCUGUUUAUGCAAGUCAAUAUAGGAUAGUAGAUUACGUUGGAAAAGGACUCCAGGACUAAGAAUGCUCAGUCAUAUUAAUGCUUGAUAUAUCAAAAGCUUUUGACAGAUACUGGCACCCUGGUAUCAUCUGCAAACUAAUCCGACUAAACUUCAAAACUGGCAUGAUUAAGAUCAUUCAACAUUAAAUAAAUAACAGAAACUUCCAAAUCAGCUUUCAAAACAUUAAAUCUAUAAGAAGAAACAUAAAACCAGGAGUCCCAGGAAGGAAGUAUUCUAGGGCCAAUCUUAUAUAUUUUUUACCCAUAUGAUUUUCCAAUGGACAAACAAGACUACAAUAGCAUAACUGCCCUCUAUGCUGAUGAUACCAGGAUAAUAGUAAAAUCCAAAUAUAGCCCUCAGUAAACUACAAGAAAAGACACAAGACAUAGAAAAGUGGUGCCUAGAUUGGAAAUUUCAAGUAAACGGCCAAAAAUGACAACUUUUGAUCAUCC